AGUCGCGGCACAUGGUGAAACUUGGGUUUUUCUCCCGAAAACCUCACAUACAACGUUGCUUCGGCACCGUUUUUUUUUUUAAUUUUAACAUAUAUCAAAAAAAACUUAUUUAGUUCUUCUAGUGCAAUAACAGUUUUUUUUUAAAUUUCUAUUAACGCUCCGAUAUGUCUCUAUCCCAAACAACUGUGUUAAAGUUAUACGAAUCGGUAAUUGAAGAUACUAUAAAUGGAUCUCGUGAUUUUUUUGCUGAAGAAGGCAUUGAUGAACAGAUUUUAUUGGAAUUGCGUGCAUCUUGGGAAGCUAAAGUAAAGGCCAGUAAAGCACUUGAUCCACCUGUUCAACAAGAAGUCACUCACCUCCCUAAAGCUAUUCCUCAGCAACAGUCUGUUGUCAACAAGCAAAUUAAGGGUGGCCAAUAUGCACCAACUAUAGUCAAUAAUAGUGUACAACAAUUAAAAAUGUUACAACAACAAAAAAUGCAACAGCUUCAACAACAGCAGCAGCAACAACAACAACAACAACAGCAGCAGCAGCAUCUACAACAACAGCAACAACAAAAACAACAACAACAGCAGCAUCUACAACAACAGCAACACCAACAGCAGCCGCAACAACAGAAUAAUCUGGUUUUACCCACUGAUUAUGCCAAUAAAUAUGUUCCAAUUCAAAUUACGUUACCAGCUCAAUCUGGUUCACAAGAAUCAGGUCCGAGAGUUCUUUCAAUUCAAGUUCCAAGUUCUGCUAUACAAGGUAAUAUAUUGCAAAAUAUUCUUACUGGACCAGUUAUUACCAGUAGCAUGGCAUUACCUACACAUUUAGCAACAGCACUUUUGCAGCAGCACGUUAACAAUGUUCUACAAGGGCAGACCAUAUCUGGUGUUCAAACUGUUCAAACAACUGAAGUAGUACAACAGCAACAACUCCAACAAAACAAUCAAGCAUUCAUUAGUGGGAAUGGUACUCCAGGAGGGGUGAAGAGAACCAUCGCACAAGUUGAUGGUGCUAACGAUUCUUCCACGUCAGAUGAUGACGACGACGAUGAUGAUAUUGACGAUGAAAUAGGUGACGAUGAUGAUGAUGAUGACGAAGAUGAUAAUAAUGAACAAAAUAGUGCUUCAGAUGCAGAACCACUAAAUUCUGGCGACGAUGUUAGCGAUGUUGACAAUGGUGACUUAUUUGAAACCGACAAUGUAAUUGUUUGUCAGUAUGAUAAGAUUACUCGUAGCCGAAACAAGUGGAAACUCUAUUUCAAAGAUGGAAUUAUGAGUCUCAAUGGCUAUGAUUAUGUUUUCCAAAAAGCAACUGGUGAUGCCGAAUGGUAAUUUAGGUAAAACUCCAUUCACUUGUAUCCUAGCGACAGCAAAGUGUGCUAAAUAUUGUAUUAGUCGUCGACCCUUACCCUGAUGUACAAAACCAUUGUAUGAAUUUUAUGUCGAGCAAGACAUAUUUCCUUAAUAUGUACUUAUUGUGACAAACGUUAGUAAAGGUUUUUGUAUUUAAUUUUAACUCGGUUCUUCUGUCAUAUUAUAUUAAGAAAACGUAAUACUAUUAUAUUUUAGACUUAUUGCGAUUGACAUUACAUCGUGUAGUAGAUAAUAAUAUGUAUUAUUUUAACUGCUAUUAAUUUAUCAAUAAUUAUGCUGUUUAUCUUCCUUUGCAUGUUUGUGUUUUUUUUUUGUAGAAAUGUGCCAUGUUAAAUAAAUACUUUACUUACAUAGGUUUUGGGUAAUAACUAAUAUAUUUAAUUAUAUAAUAACGUAAAACAAAUAAUCAGAAAUACUUGGCAGUAAGAAACGUAAUGAUACUUGUAAAACAUACUUCAGACAUGUAAAAAAAUAAAAUAGAAUAAGUAAUUACGUUAUAUAUUAAGUGAAUUGCCUUAGGAAUGACAAUUAUAAGUACUACUGUUGUGGCCUUGA